AUGUUCCACUCUUCCAGUUCAAGACAUGAACAAUAUCUCAUUCGUUCAAACACAUCAAGAGCAACAUUACAUAAAAAACGAUUGUCUUUAGAAUCAGAAAUUUCAGGGGCAGAUAGUGGAUACACUUCGUCCUCUUCAACGCCAUCUAGUACAUCUCCUACCACUGCCACCGCUUGCUCGCCAGCUACCAUUGCAACAGCAGUUGCGGAUAAUCAUGUGACCUCAGCAAACCAUGAUGUGGUGGUGGUCAUGCCGCCUCCCACUGCAAAGAAGAAGAAAUCAAAGAGACAUCAACCACCUAGACAACCUGAUCUUGUUUAUUCUUGUCCGAGACCUUUAGCCUUUCCGUUUCACAACGAUGACCACUUUUUACCCAUUGCGGAAGCGGAUCCGCGCGAUGUAGCUAGAGUUUCUCCAUCAUUGAAUCGAUCUUCCUCUCUGCAAUCCAGCAAGACAUCAAUUGGAUCCACCAGAAUGUAUGAGAAUUACAGCUACAGCGGCAACACAAGCCAGAGAGGUCUGGAUACCGAGUCGUCGUAUAGUCAUCAAUCUUCUAUUCUGAGUACAAUACAACGUGGCACCGUGCGCUCAAUAAGAUCUCUCUUUCAGUUACCUGAAUCCCAGAGUCACUCAAGAGAUCUGAGCCGUAUACAGACAAACAAUACCACAAAAACCAACUAUACCGGCUCUGCUCCAAGCACAAAUCCUCCACUACAAAAAUUGGAGAUCAAGAAAGGCACCGUUCAAUCGAUCAAAGACAUGUUUACCUUGAAGAGAAACAACAUCCAGGUCCAACAUGUAACACAGCCACCGCCCAGACAACAAAAAGGACGAGUUGGUGCUACUAUCGGCCAAUUCGAAUCAUCAUCAUCAUCAUCAGCAUCUCCUAUCAACUAUUCUAGAGUCUCUAUCGCUGCUGCAUCCUCCAAAAAGAACAAUGGUGGCAAACCUCCUAUGGCUGCUCUCAAGAUGAAUGUGACACCUCCAGCAUCAUCUCAACCCAAAUCCUUGAAAUCCAGAGCUGCUGAAUUUGCUAGCCGAGCCAUUUGGAAGCCCAAAGAGCCCAAGUUGACAACCUCCUGCACCACGCCUGCGAUAAAACCACUUCCCAAGGAUCCCACUGACAAGAAGACGUUGAAAUCUGAGGUCAAGAAGAUCUCGGCACGAGUCAUGGCAUUGCCUAAAAAGUGGACUAGUACGACAGCAACUUCACCUCCUGUAUCACUGCCUGUUCCCGUCACCGAGGCACCCAAAUCAAAGCGAUCUCUGUUUUCUUCAUUUAGACGUUCCGAUGUAUCUGCCAGUGUGGACAGCAGCAAUCACAAGAAGAAGGGUGUUGAUGUGGCCACCACUCGAGAUGAGAUUACGCCUCCUCGUGUGCCCACCACGGUUGGUAAGAUGUGGAAGAGUUUCAAAAGCUUAGUCACUGGUAAAAAAUCAUCUCGAAUUGGCGUGUUAUAA